UCAUGGGGUGUCAAUUAGGUGGCAUUUCCUUUGUAAAUGAUUAACUUUCACUGAGGAUGACCUUGCUGCAGGAUUUGAGUAACAGGACCUCUGGACUCUGGGAUAGAACCACUUGGGAGCCCAGAAGAAGAGAGGAAGUAAGAAAAUGGGCUGGAGCUGUGCCUCUGCUUUCCUAGGGGUAGUGGGGACUUUUGGUGAAGAGAGACUCUAUUGUGAGGUGAUUAUGGAUACCAGGCAUUGCUAAGAGCGAGCUGGGCAUGGCUGCCACCCUUAGAGUCCUACCUGGCUUUGUGCGCAACUGCCCCUGCCCAGGACUUUGGGGGAGUCCAGCUUACCGGUCUGCUAGUAGCAUGGCCCUGCCAGAGCAGGCCUGGCAACUGUUUGAGGGUGCAGUGAAUGCAGUGAUGCCAGGCCCCAUGUUACGCCGGGCUUUGGCACUAGACACAGAGACUGGACAGCUGAAGGUUCGGGACAGGAACUUUCAGCUCCAUCACAAUCUUUACCUGGCAGGUUUUGGCAAAGCCGUGCUAGGCAUGGCAGCUGUGGCGGAGGAGAUGCUGAGUGAACACCUGAUUCAAGGUGUGAUCAGUGUACCCAAGGGCAUCCGAGCAGCCAUGGAACAUGCUGGCAUGCAGGAGAUGCUGCUGAAGCCCCACAGCCGUAUCCAAGUGUUUGAGGGAGCGAAGGACAACUUGCCUGAUGGAGAUGCCCUGCAGGCUGCACUGGCCAUCCGACACUUAGCAGAGGGACUGACAGCUGAUGACCUGCUGCUGGUCCUUAUCUCAGGGGGCGGCUCAGCCCUGCUUCCUGCUCCAAUCCCCCCAGUUACCCUAGAAGAGAAACAGAUUCUUACCAAGAUGCUGGCAGCUCGUGGUGCCACGAUUCAGGAGCUGAAUACCAUCCGUAAGGCCUUGUCCCAACUCAAGGGAGGGGGCCUGGCAGGAGCUGCUUACCCUGCCCAGGUGGUGAGCCUGAUCCUGUCAGAUAUUGUGGGGGACCCUGUGGAUAUGAUUGCCAGUGGUCCUACGGUGGCCAGUGACCACAAUGUUCAGGAUUGCCUGCAUAUCCUCAGCCGCUAUGGCCUCCGUGGAGUCUUGCCCCGCUCAGUCAAGACAGUGCUGGCCCGGGCCGAUUCAGAUCCCCGCGGCCCUCCUGGCUGCGGCCACGUCCUCAACGUGGUCAUUGGCUCCAAUUCACUGGCUCUGGCUGAGGCCCAGCGUCGCGCCGAGGCCCUGGGUUAUCGGACUCUGGUUCUGAGCACAGUUGUGCAGGGUGAGGUGGGUCGUGUGGCUCGAUUCUAUGGGCUGCUGGCUCAGGCCGCUGGUGUUCGCCUCUCCUCUCAAGCGGCGGAGGCCAGGAAGGAGGAAGAUGAGCUUCGGGGCCUGGUGGAAGAGCUACAACUCUCAGACCUGCGGCUGGAGGAGGCCCUGGAGGCCGUGGAAGGGGCUAAGGGCCCCGUCUGCCUCCUGGCUGGAGGGGAGCCCACAGUGCGGCUGCAGGGUUCGGGCAGGGGUGGCCGAAACCAGGAGCUAGCCCUUCGGGUGGGUGUAGAGAUGAGUGAGUCUGCAGGCAGUGCCGGGGAGACUCUGUUCCUCAGUGGUGGAACUGACGGGCAGGACGGCCCCACAGAGGCGGCAGGGGCCUGGGUCACCCCAAGGCUGGCCAGUGAGGCAGCCGCUGAGGGGCUGGAUGUCGCAGCUUUCUUGGCCAACAAUGAUUCCAAUACCUUUUUCCGACGCCUGCAGGGUGGUGCCCACCUCCUCUGCACUGGAUUGACUGGCACCAAUGUCAUGGAUGUUCACCUGCUGCUCCUCCGGCCCUGCUGACUGGGGCCAUUUUCUCGGCUCCUGUGAGAUAUUGAGGAAAACCCUCAUAACUAGGGCUGGGCAGUGGGUCAGGGCUCCCAGGGGAAUCUGGUUCUGGGCCCUGAGCGCCAUCUGUGGAAUUCACUGGGGCACCCCAUCCUUUCAGACUGGUGUCUGCAGGAGAAAGCAUGGAUGACUAGGGAACAGGAAGCGCUCAGAAGAGCCAUUCCUGACUAUUGCAGACAAGAGAAGUGCACUGUCUCAAGGCACCCCCCAUCCUAGUUCUCCUUAUCCCAAAGUGCAGCCUGUUGGCUCCCUGGGAGCCUGGACUCAGGUCUCAACUGAGGCAACAGGACUUUCCAGCAGGCCGCUCCUGCUCUGCUAAGGCUCUUCUUUUAACCUUGCUCCCCUGGGCUGUUCCUCCCCCAGCUCCGACCCAGGUUUGGUAGUGAAAAAAAACAUGAGUCAGAGUGUUUGGGAAAAGGUAUGAAAAUAAAAAGGAUGAAUUCCCUGGCCAA